CUAAUUUUAUUUCCUUUCUCUUAAGUAGUAGUCAAUUAACAAAAAUUAAUUAACCAAUGAGCUAUUUAAUGACUCAAGAUUGACCAAUUAGAUAUUUAAUGGCGCAAGAUUUUUGUUGACAUUAUGUGAGGUAUAAUGGCUGAAGGGAUUGCUAGAGCAACUAACAAUAAAAGUACCAUUACCUAUCAUAGUCUACAGCAAAAAUAGAUCGUCUAUCCACAUUGUUGAAAAUCCUGUUUUUCACAAAUGGACAAAGCAUAUUGAAAUCAACAUUCAUGUGACAAGAAAAAGAACCAAUCAGCUUUAAUCAAAUUACAAUACAAGUACACAACAACACAAUAAACCAGUUGACAUAUCUAUUCACCAAAGGGUUGCAUCAAGUAAGACUCAAAGAAUUAUUAGUAAGUUGGGAGUCAAUCUGUCUGACUUAGCCACUCAUUGUUGCUGCUAUAAGUCUCCUAAAAUCAUCAAACCCUAUCUAUAAACUUGAGCAGUUACCAUCAUUUUCUCCAUAGUCGCCUCUGAUUCAGAACGAGAAGGAAGUUCGAAAUAUGGCCACAAAUGGGCUGCUUCUUGGGGGAUUUUAAUAGCAAUGAUUAUCAUUUGAAGAAUAGGAAGAAAAAGAGAAAAAAAAUAGAAGGAGGGUCGAUGAGGACUGGUGAAGGAUGGAGAUUUAUAGUAGCUGGAGAAGAGGGAGAAGACGAUGAUGGUAAAUAGUUUUGUUUGAUUGUUUCUUUCCGGCCGCUCCAUUUUCUCAUUUCUCCAUAUAUAUAUAUAUCCCACUUCGGAUAAUGUCACCGACUCGGAGGGAACGAAAAACAAAAAUCCAGAACCAUAGGCGUCAGUUUUCCUUCACCAUCAUUCACGGCCAUGGCAAUCCUUGCUCCACAACUAGCAUGAGCAGAAACAACAUAAACUCAAUUUCCCCCCAAUGGACUCCGCCGCCUUACUUCCCCACGCUCUCCACUUUCCCCGCCACGUCCUCCACCGCAACUCUCUUCUUCAUCCGCUUCCCUCCGGCGCCGCAGCUCAACCCAGAAACAGGGCCUCCUUCGCCACCAGCAUCGCCGUCCAUAGAGUCGGAGCCGGCGAGCUGCCCGAUUCCGACGACUGCAGAAACCAAAACGGCUACGCGUUGAAGGACGAGACCGAUUCGGCGCCGUUUGGAACGGUUAGCGCCGAGAUCACCUCGGAGACCAUUGAUUUCUUCGUCAGCGAUGCAGAGGGAGACCCUGAUUGCCCAACUGCAGGGUACUCCUCCAUUGACCACGCCCUCCACAUCCUUCGCCAGGGCAAGUUUGUGGUCGUGGUUGACGAUGAGGACGACGGCGGCGGAGUCGUUGAAGGGAACUUGGUCAUGGCAGCGGCGUUCAUCACCGCGAAACACGUGGCGUUCGUGAUGAAGCAUGGCUCCGGCAUCGUCUCCGUCGGGAUGACGGAAGAGGAUCUCGUCAGACUCAAGCUUCCAUUAAUGUCCCCUGAGACCGAAGAUGAGGAUUCUUCCGCCCCUACUUUCACAAUCACCGUGGACGCGAAAAGUGGGACUUUGACGGGAGUAUCAGCGGCAGACAGAGCAAAGACGGUGCUCGCUCUAGCUUCUGCAGGGUCCAACCCUCAAGAUUUCAGGAAACCAGGCCACGUUUUCCCACUCAAGUACCGAAACGGCGGCGUUUUGAGAAGGGCUGGACACACUGAAGCUUCUGUUGAUCUAGUUAUGCUCGCCGGGUUGCGGCCGGUCUCUGUUAUAUCGGCCAUCGUCGAUCCAGAGGAUGGGUCCAUCGCUUCGUUGGAAAAUCUUAGAAAUUUGGCUGCCGCACACAACAUACCAAUCGUCUCAAUUACCGAUCUAAUAAGGUACCGGAGAAAGAGGGAGAAAUUGGUGGAAAGAACAGCCAUCUCUGGCCUACCCACAAAGCGUGGCAUCUUUGACGCUUACUGCUACCGCUCAAAACUAGAUGAUACUGAACAUAUAGCCCUUGUCAAGGGAGAAAUAGGGAACGGCGAGGACGUACUGGUGAGAGUCCACUCGGAGUGCUUGACGGGCGACAUAUUCGGGUCGGGUCGGUGCGACUGCGGGAACCAAUUGGAUCUGGCGAUGCGAUUGAUAGAGGAAGCCGGGAGAGGAGUGGUGGUGUACCUACGAGGGCACGAAGGGAGAGGGAUCGGGCUGGGUCACAAGCUUCAGGCGUACAACUUGCAGGAUUUGGGGCACGACACAGUGGAGGCCAACAUCGAGCUCGGUCUGGCGGUGGACGCGAGGGAGUACGGCAUCGGGGCGCAGAUCUUGAGGGAUGUUGGGGUGAGGACGAUGCGGCUGAUGACGAACAACCCGGCCAAGUUUGUGGGGCUGAAAGGGUACGGGCUGGCGGUGGUCGGAAGGGUUCCGGUGAUGACGCCCAUCACGGAGGAGAACAAGAGGUACCUGGAGGCGAAGCGGGUCAAGAUGGGUCAUAUCUACGGGUCGGAUAUUCGAGGAGAUACAUUGAGCGGAAUGUUUGACCAAGGAAAUGAUGCACCAGAGCAAUCGAAAGACGUGUAAUUAAGACUUAAUACAAUACAAUUGGUUAGUCAAAAGUUUCAACUUUGUCAAAAUAUUAGCCAAAUGCGCAAAUCUAUGUAAAUGCAAAAAAAAAAAAAACUAAAAUCUUUGAUAGAAUUAUAAAGGGUUAAUAUUUUCGUAUGGCUUGAACUAUGGCUGGGAAAAUAGAUCAGACCAUUAGAAAAACCGUGGUCCAAACUAUACCGUACAGUUUGGUCCGGAUCGUAGACCAUUAAAUAUGGUCUGGUCUGGUACAUGGUCUGUACUAUUUUAUAUUUUGAUCUCUUGGUCUGGUCUGGUCUAGAUCGCGGUUUACCGGACCAAACCGUGGACCCAACUGACUUGUAAAUACGUGUUAACAGCCAAUUCGACCACUCUUCCAACUUCCAAAACGACACCCAAGUCUCAACCUUAGUUUUGUGAAUCUCGUCAUUCCUUAAUUCCCAACCACAUUUAACUAAAGAGUAGAGAUAAUC